AUGGUCAACUCAACCGCUCUACUCCAUUACGCCGCUCGCGCGGGCGACCACAACGACCGCGCGAUGGCUGCGUCGCCGCACCUCGCCGCCGCACUCGCGUCGCACCUCCAAACGCAGCCGACAGUCAUUGGCAAAGCGUCUCCAAGCGGACCAUUGAACUGGGACGCCGAGCUUGCCCUAGCUCUUCCCGACCUGAAAUCCCUGGCUGCGUCACUCGACGUCGGCUUCAACAACAAGCAGCACCCAGUGAUCGUUUGCUCACGCUGUGCCGUUGGGCUCGCGACCCUUCCCGUUGUCGCACGGCAUGUGCCAGACGUGCUGGUCGUGUGGUUUGACGCUCACGGCGACCUCAACACGCCGGCGACGAGUGGGAGCGGGCAUAUCGGGGGCAUGGCGCUAGCGGGCGCCCUUGGACUAUGGGAGUCGGGCCUCGGGGUUGGGAUUAAGAGCGUAGUGCUUGCGGGGUCCCGCGACAUUGACGCGGCUGAGAAGCCUUUCAUCGAUGGAGAGCGCGUGAGGCUCGUAUCCCCAGGUCCUGGGUUCGUGCAAGAGCUCAAGGCGGUCGUGACCGGACGCAAAGUCUACGUGCACAUCGACUGUGACGUGCUCUCGCCGGGGCAGGUGCCGACCAACAACAAGGUACCCGGUGGGCUCAGCCUGGUUCAGCUAGCUGAAGCGGCGGCGGCGAUUGCGCAGGUCGCAGAGGUGGUUGGUGUGGAGGUGGGGGAGCUCGAGACAGGAGAGACGGAGGAGGAGACCAAGGUGAAUGCCAAGGUGCUAGUGGACACGCUGGGCCCAAUGCUCAAGUAG